AUGGCAUUGAAAAUUGAUCCUAAACAUCAAAAAGCAAGCAUGCGUAAGAGUAAAGCGCUUUACAAUCUCCAACAAGAUGAUAAGCCAGUAAAAGUAUUCAAUGAUUUGUUCAGAAUAAAAGCCAAUAUGUCUGAUAGUAUUAGAAAUUCAACAUCUGUUAACACAUACACAAAUGCUCAUGGAUGUCCUAGGCUUGGACAUACUAGUUAUUUGAGCGACACAAUUGAACUUAGAAGAAAGAGAAGUUCUAAAAUAAUUAAUAUCAAUUAUUCGACUGGUGUUUUAAAUGAUUCUUCAUUGCUGGCAUUAAUUACAGCUAUAGUUCAAAAGAUCAAUGAAGAACCAGAAAUUUGUCAAGAAAUCUACGAGUUAUAUGCCGGUUCAGAUUUUACGCCUAUAAAUAACCUUGAUAAAGAUUCAUCAAAGACAGAUGACAAUGAAGUACGCUCAAACUUGCUUAAUUCUCAUGAGAUGUCGUCUCUGUACUUUAAAUCGAACUGA